AUGGAUAACCCAGCGGUCUCUGCUACAACUCGUUCAUUUUAUGAGCGCACGACCGGAGCCAUCGGUGGAGCCUUUAAUCACGUUGUCGGAAUUGGGUCGAGGAGAGAUCCGGAAGACAAAAGACGAUUCGAUGAGAUUAAAGACCUCGAAAAACAAUUAGCAAAGGAGAGACUCGAACUAGCAACGGCUGAGAGCAUCGUGAGCUCUCUGAAGAAGGAUGUACGGGACAGUGUCAGGCGCAAGAAGGAGAUUGAGGAUGCGAUAAUCAAACUACAGCAAGAACAAAAGACUGUCGAAGAAGAUCUUGCAGCAACGACGCAGGACGCACCCGAUGAGGGGGAGCUAAGCGCAGAGGAAGGAAUAAAGGAGCUUGAAGCGCUUCGCGGGGAGAUUGAUAGGACGUCGGAUCGACUGUUAAAGCCAUAUGAGAAGCAACUGGAUGCGUAUUGCGGACCCGAAUACUACAAAUCGUUCCUUAGAAUGCUCAGCACCCCAAGUUUCUCAUUCCAGGAUCUCCACCCAUUCCUCGCAGGCCUCCAGAAUCUUAAGCAUGGCCUACUACUUCUCCCAAUUGUCAAGCUCAUGAUCAAUCACAUAUUAUCCGCCGGAAUCAAACGCUAUGUGUUUGAUCCUUUCAUUCCGGGAUGCAGCAUCAACGAUCCGACUUCAAAGCUCCUAUCCAACAUCAGUUUAUCUAUCCAGGACGGGGAGUCUCAGGGAGAUGCGGGUCGUUGGAGAUCGAUUACCUUUGGCCAGAUCCCAACGCCCAAAGACUGGACCGAGCCGGCUGUUACAAUGUCGAAUAACAUCGAAAUGUUGAUCAGCCAAGUCAGGGACGUGGAAGUCGCUAAAGAUGAGAUUAUAAAAUUGGCCCUCAACCUUUUGGUUCGGGCUGCUCAAAUUCGUCGACGGCUCGAACAGGAAUGUGUAGACGCAAACUUCAAGAUCUAUAUGCCAGUACAUGGAGAUACUCUCCGACGAGGGACAUUCACCGAUUUCAAGCCACCACGAACUGGAUACAAGACGGCUCCUAUUACCUGCAUGAUCGGUGUUGGUUGGGGAGUGAGCUGCACGCAGUCGAUUCCCCACAAGGGAACACAAAAGCAAGAGCUUGUGUGGUAUAUGCACCCGGUGGUUUACACUACCCAAUCCGAUGUCAACUAUAUCCAUAAUGCACCUCGCUGA